AUGGUUCUUCCCCCUAAAACUUCCAAGGACUCUAGUUCCCUUACCAAGACUGACGAGAUCAGUACGGUGGAACUUGAAGCUGCCAAUACUGAGGAGCAACAGGAGCUUGACAGAAUUUACAGAAAGUUAGACCGGAGGAUCAUUCCUGCUUUGUGGACACUUUACUUCCUCACCUCCUUUGGCACCAACACCUAUGGUGUGACAUUGACCAUGAAUAGAGAGGAAGGCCACUCCUUGAUCCAGAGAUUGGACUUGAGCCCCUUGAACCUUUCCACCGCUAACGCUUUGGGUUUCAUUGGUACGAUUCUUUUUGAUUUGCCAAUGAACCUCAUCAUGACAAAGGUGAGUCCUCAAACAUGGUUGGCUCGUAUUGUCAUAACGGUGGGUCUCAUCUACGCCUGCUACUGUGCCUUGGAUAACUACCAAGGCUUGUAUGCUGUACAAUUCCUAGGAGGUGUUCUUGGAGCUGGUGUUUGGCCAGGAAUGUCGUACUACAUCACCUUGUGGUACCCCAACCACAGAAUGACUAGACGAGUGGGUUACUAUUUCACUGCAGCUCAGAUCUCGUGUGCUGUGGGUGGUCUAGUGAGUGCUGGUUUUCAAAAAAUGGAUGGUAUGAGAGGCUUUACUGGCUGGCAAUGGCUCUAUCUUAUCUAUGGAUGUAUCACCGUUGUUGCCGGAUUCUCCUUGCUUUGGUGGCUUCCUGAUAGACCGUUCAAGAUGAGAGAGCCUUCAAGCAGUGUCUACAGAACGUUCAUGAGAAAGUAUUUUACCCCCAACCAUCCACUUUCAUCAGAGGAGAAGGAGCUCCACAGGAAGGAUAUGAUGGACAGACAAAGAAAGUUGAACUGGGGCUGGAAGGACAUUGUGAUGAUUAUAACCGACGUGCGUUUGUACCCCAUCGUGAUCAUGUACUUUGGUGUCGUGGGUACCGGCUUUGGUCUUGCCGUUUUCGGGUCCACCAUCAUUUCUGUCCAGAACCCCCACCUUUCAGACAUUGAUGUCUCCCUCUUGUAUGCUCCAAUCUGGAUCUUUGACUUGUUUGGUAUUCUCACCAUCACGCCGUUUGCAGACCGUUUGAAGAACUACCGGUUCUUAUUCUUUUCCGGCGCCUGUGUGAUUAUCAUCGUUGGAAUGAUGGUUACUACUUUUGCACCUGGAUCAUGGAGCCGUUACGGUGGCUUGCUUAUUGCCGGUUACGGCUUGGGCCCUACUGUUCCAAUUUGUAUGUCGUGGUCGGCUGAGAUUUUCGAAAACCGCUAUGGUGACGUUGGUGCUAGUUGUGCUGCUGCCUUAGUCACUGGUCUUGGAAAUCUUGGCUCUGUGACUGCUACUUACGCCUUGUACAGUGGCUGGGAGAACGACCAAGACAGAAUGUACUUGGGCCUGAACAUGGUGCUUGUGGGAAUGUUGGGUAUCAGUAUCUUCUCGUCCUUCGUUGCCAAGUUCAUCCAGAACAAGGUCAGACAAAUUGAUCCUGCCAAAGUCACCGACUACACCGAAUCAGAGCACAGCUCCACCAAGGAAUAA